AGGUUCGUACGCUAUCGUUAUCGACGGUGCUCGUAUCAGUUUCUCGCGCUUCAGUCAUAAUUUCUCGGGUCGUCCACUGCAGUGUGUGUGUCGAGGGCAUUCGUUCCCCAUUCGAAUCUCCGUGGCAUUCGCCUUCAUUUUCUCUUGCAAAACGCUUAGGGUUACGGCACAACUAAAAUCGUAUGCCCUGACUGUAUUCGCAUUGACCGUGAAAGUAUAUUAAUAAAUUUUCGAUCGAAUGCAGCAAACUUCCAUUCGCGGUUCUCCAAGAUGAGUCCGCCAUUGAAAUUACGCGCAAAUUUCGCCUGAGUACAGGGGGAAUCAGCUGCAGCAGCCGGCGGGUUGAGAAACGCACCAGCAGUCCGGAGAAACUUCUUGUAGUGCGUCCUCCAUUGAGGACUGCGGGUAGUGCUACAAGAUGGACGAGCACGACUUCGAUAGCGAAGAUGAAAGCGAGCACGAGUUCGACGUGGACCAAGGUCCCAGCGCCGGCACCAACUUGGAUCUGGCCACGCAGGAGUUUCUCGAUGAGACUCGGUCAACUCGUGUCUUGCAGAUGAAACCGAACGCAGCGGGCGAAUAUGCACUUACGGUAUAACAAACUGAGGAGUUCUUUUUUUUGUGCGUUGGAUGUUGUAGUGUCAGAUAAAAUAAUCACUCCUAGAUCGAUUGCGCCUGCCAUGCAAUGCUUUUUUUCAGUUUUAUACAUUUUUUUUUUUUGGAAUCCUUGGAUGACGUCCAUGAAAACAGGUUAUGGAUUUUGUCGAGUAUCUCGGCAUCGAGCUUGAAUUUGAACCGGAACUGACAUGGGUCGCCCGGGAAAUGUGCAAUGCCCCAAUGCCACCAAAUGCGGAAAUGAUCAUCAGUACAUCUUUUUGGUUACGACUCUCGCUGAUGUUUUGCAUUACAUCUUGAUGGUGAAAAUUUGAAGAGUUAGGAUGUUGCUUAGAAUUAGAAAGCGCUACUUGAAGAUGUGCGCCAGCUAAAUUUGAAUUUUGUUUCUCCCAUCACAGGUAAAAGUAACAUCGUGUACUUCCACGACUUGGAAAACGACUACUACACGUUGGAGCACCCCUUGACGCAGCGGUACUUGAAAGUCCUGGAACGCAGUCGGAUCGACAUUCUUGCAUUCCGAACGAAGCCCGCGGUGAGCGGCCUGUUCUUUUGCCAGCCCGACAUUUUGUUCCACCAGCAAUUUCGCAAUUUGCAAAUUCCCUGCCAGGACUGCGGUAUAAUUUGUUUUGUGGUUGUUCACCGAGGACCACUUUAAUCGAUUCGCCUUCUUUGUGCGCCGCACUUCCACUUUUCCUUUUGUGUCUCUGCAUUUUCUCGUACCACGAUUAUGAUGAAUGGUGAAGAGUCAGAGUCUUCGCAUUAAACAUGUGCUGAAAAUGCAUGUCACAACAGGUGUCCUCCAGGCAACAAUAAAAUGCAACCAGUGCUUGCAGUCCUACUGCCAAGGUUGCUUUGACAACCUGCACAAAUUCGCGGUUGGGCCGAAGAAGGACCACAGCAUCUGCUACACCGCGGUGGGGAGUUUCUGCUCUUCGUGCAACGUGAAGAAGCCACAAGUGUUUUGCGGCAACUGCGAGGAUUACUUCUGCUUCACAUGCUUCGAGGCGAUGCACAAAAAGGGUUUUCGGUCAGAUCACCGGGCGAUGUUGGUUGCCGUCAGUGACGGUGAAAUCAUCGAACAAAACAUCACCUGCGACGAGUGCGAGGACAAUCCAGCAGCCUUCCAUUGUACUGCGUUUCCUUUGUUGUACAUUGUUGUUGAUGCUGUCGAAUAUGAAAGACCUGUCCGAUGCUGAAACGUACGUUGUCUGUCCAGUGUGUCGUGUGGUCGUACUUAGCCUUUUCAUUAUAAGUAAAUGAAACGAGCGAGCAUUUGUGACUCUCGGCAUCAACUUUCAAUCAGGCGACUUCUGCCGGGACAACUUCUGUCUGCAGUGCUUCUGGAAGUGUCAUUUCAACGGUCACCGGAGGGAACACACGAUCACAAAAGUUUCUGUGACACCAAUGUGCAACCAGUGCGGCAACGUGCGCGCUACCGUCUUCGACGAACAGGAGCAGGAACUGCUCUGCACCGACUGCUUCACUUUCCUGCACUGCAAGGGUAUAGAUACCUAGUUGAAAGAUCCAUUUUCACUAUUGCGAGAUCCGCAGUGGGACUAGUGAACAAGAUUCGUUUCAUCUUUUUCCUUUCAGACUGUAUGCACAUCUAUGCGUAAAUUUUGAAAUUUUCUCCAAUAUGAGAUCAUCUCAGGCAACCGACAAUUGCAUCUUUUUCUGGAUGCGUCCAACAUUCUGCUUUUGCUGGAACGGUUAGACCCCGUGGUCCAAGAACAUCUCCGUCGUGCGAGACCGCGUGUCAUGUGGGCAAUCAUGAAACUGCAGGGUAAAAUUUUUGUCCAUACGUGUAUACUUAGUUUGUUGUUCAUCUUCUCUUGGUGGAAGCGCGUUGCAAAGGCACAUGGACGAACGAGAAGACCGCAAGUAAAAUCAGGCAUUCAAUUUCAUGCGACCACAACCAGGUUGGACGCGUGGUAUCGAAACGCGACGGGAUUACCGCAGAACCAAGAAUCUGAUCAUGAAAGUGCAGCGAAGAUGGCGUGGUGCGAUGACGAGGCAGAAAUUACUCCAGAUGAUGGACCACUACAAGUGGCGCCGAAAACAAAUCCACAACUACUUUCUGCCGAAGUCAAGGUACGGAUGAAUCAAGAAAUGCUUCUUUCGAUGCUGUUGUGCGAUGAAAGCAACUCAGUGUUUCUGUGAUUUAGCACGCGUACUGGCGACCACUUAAGUUGUUGUGUCGGUUUGACUACCUGUCUGUGAAACAUAGGAAAUGAACUUUCACUUGUGGUUUGAAUACAUACCGGUUUUCGUGAACAAGUAGAAUUCGACUGUUUGGCAGGCUCCACCUAUUCCAGGACCCCAUUGAUUACACUUUUAUUUUUUGACUGCAACGAUGCUUUGCUCCUCACAGCUUUAGUGAUCAUGCAUGCUCAUAGCGUUAGUAGAUUCAAUUCGUACGAAGAAUUGGAACGGCACCACUACUCUAGGAUCGAGCGGCAGCAAGCGAAGCGGAAGUUUCAAGUCGCGGUGGCGCAGAAGGACGUCUCCAGCAAAGCGACAAAGACCAAGUUAGCGCAGUUGAAAGACACCAUCCUCGAGACCGCGGGCGCCAAUCCCUUGGAGGACCCGGCCCGAACGGCACAGGACGUCAACAAGACCAAGGCCAGUCUCAUGGACGACAAAAAGCCCGUCGUCAAGAGAGAAAAACCACCAAUAUCACUGCCCGUGUUCGCGCCCUACGACUCCGGAAAGUUCUUGGAUGAACAGGUAGAAGCAACGGUUCUUGCGUCCUCUGUUUAUUUUGUACCAACAAGCUAGCAUGCUGAUGUUGAUCAUGAUGAUGAGUAGUUGCCUUUGCCCUUGUACUAGUUUAGGUAGUGAUCGACGUGACACCAAGCAACUUACUUGGAAAUGAAAAUUUCUUGUAUCGGACGACAAAAAAUCAUCCAGGCACCGCCCGGGGAGACAGUUAAGACCAAGACGGGGGAUGACUUUAACAGUCGGUUGGCACAGGAAAAGACGUUGCGGGAUGAGGAGCUGACUAACAAGGACAUCCGGAAUGCCCGCGAUUUGACCAUGCGGCAGCUGCUCCGCAUUGACAACCGCCCCAGUGGUGAUCCGCUGGAGAAGUAUCAUCCGGAGUAAAAAAAGUUGUUACGAAGUGCAAGAAUGUAAACGUCGUACGUGACAACAGGAAUGUCAAUGACAAUGAAUUGCAUGCUCCAGAAGGUGGAUACUCAAUUGUUAAUUUACCUUAUGUUUUCAUUUGAUACUGCUAAUGUUUCUUUCCGCUAUAAAGAAGAGAAUUCAGCUAAAUGUUUCGUAUCUAAUUCCAAAGUUUGACAGCGCAAGUGAACCUAGAAUACACAAUACAGUUUUUACGAAUGAGAUUACAGCAAAGAAAUGGUUUCGUUCUGAUUCAGCACAGUAGAGUUCUAAUGUGAUCUUUUUCCUUGACGCAGAGGUUGAGAGAGGAAUUUAGUAGCGUGAGUUGGUAGGGAAGUACGUACUAGUCUAGAGAAGCGGAAACGUAUUGCAGCGAGAAGAAACAACAAGUAUGACUAGAUCUGCCACGGAUGGUGCCUCGCCUAAGUUUGCCCUCCAGCCUCCGCAUGUGUCUCGGAAGAUGAUAAAUGGUAAGUCUUCUACCCCUAGACUUCCAAUGUGAGCUUAACUAGUUUCAGUUUAUACUUUCUUGUUUUCAUUUUGGUUUUCGUUUCCCGUUUCGCACUGUAAAAUGUACCGCAGGUCGGGCCUGCACAAGAUGAAUCGGGAGAGAGCCAACUUGAUUUGAAUUCACUGUACCUUAUUGAACGAAUGCAACUGCCACCUUUAGAAUAUCCUUCCUACGAAAACAAACGUCGAUAUCCUCGAACUGUUGAAGGAGAAGCCUACUUACCGCUAAGGAAAAAAAAAAAACCGCACCGGUAGACGUG